UUUGUCCAGAGAGGGAGGGAGAACGAGCGCUACGUCAAACGUUAGCGAAGUCUGUUUUUAAAAAUAUUAAGCUUAAUGUAUUAAUUCCUCCGUUUAUUAAGGAAUAUCUUAUCAGUUUUACUCGCUGGAAUUAUUCGCGGAAUAUUAAGGUCAAUUAGGAUGCCUACUGUGAAGUACCAGAAAGGGGACAAGGUGAUGGGCCGCUGGCCCGGCAGCAGCCUGUAUUAUGAGGUCAAGGUGCUACGCUUUGAUACCAAAAGUCAGCUCUACACAGUCAUCUACAAGGAUGGUACUGAACUGGAGCUCAAGGAGCAGGACAUCAAGAGUGCUGCUGGUUUCCAGGCCCGUUCACGCUCCCGCUCCCGCUCUCGUUCUCGAUCACCAGGCCGCCGUCGCAGCCGGUCACGCUCCCCAGCAAGGACCUCACGGCGAUCCUCCUCCCGCACAGCGGCGGCUGUCGCUGCUGCAACUACAACAGACAGUGCACCGUCCUCCCGCAGGGAUAUAAAGCUGAAGGAUGCGCUCGAAGUCAGGCUCAGUCCCCUGCAACAGACAAAGGCAGCUGAGAACAAUAGCAACAAUAAGCAUGAAAAGAGAGAGGAGAAACAAAAAGAGGAGAAUAACACUGCUAACAUAGUAAAUGAGAUGUCUGAGGCUAAGACAGAGGCAGAGCCAGACAAGAACCAGGGCCGCUACAAUCUGCGCCGUAGGAAGGACGACGUAGAUGCCAAAGCUGUCGAGGCCAAACCCGAACAGCUGGAGGAGAAGAAGGUCAAGCUGGUUGCAGCUCCUGCUGCCGCUCUCUCCACCCCUCUUGACUUUGGAGGGAAGAUAGGAGCGUACUUCUGGCUGCUCUUCCUGCCCGUCUGCGUUCUUCUCCUGAUACUCCAAGUCAAACAGGAUGACCCAAGCCUGACCAACUUCCCCCCUCCUCUGCCUCCUCUCGAGGCUUUCUGGGAUGCUCAGGCUCUUGGCUGUGUCAUCGUGUGGAUCUUAUUCCAGGCCCUGCUCUACAUCCUGCCUGUUGGAAAGCUGAGUGAAGGAAUGCCACUGAGGUCUGGGGGGAAGCUGAAGUACAGAACCAAUGGUUUCUUUGCCAUCUCAGUGAGUGCUGUAGCAGUUGCAGCAGCGGUCUAUCAGGGUGUUGACCUCACCUACAUCCACAGCAACUUCCUGCAGCUAGCCGCGGCCACCUUCCUCAUCUCCGUCCUGCUCAGCAUCUACCUGUAUGUCCGCUCUCGCUACGCUGCCCCAGACCAGCUGGCACUGGGGGGAAACUCCGGUAAUGUGAUUUAUGACUUUUUCAAAGGACAUGAGCUCAACCCCCGCAUCAAAGACUUUGAUUUGAAGUUCUUCUGUGAGAUGCGCCCUGGACUGAUUGGCUGGUGUUUGAUCAACUUUGCGAUGGCGCUGGCAGAGAUGAAGCAGCAGCAGCUGGAUGCUCCAUCCCACGCGAUGAUCCUGGUGAACCUCUUCCAGCUGCUCUAUGUGGUGGACGGCCUGUGGAACGAGGAGGCCAUCCUGACCACCAUUGACUUGAUGCACGAUGGUUUCGGCUUCAUGCUGGCAUUCGGUGAUCUGGUGUGGGUUCCUUUUACUUACACCCUGCAGGCCUAUUACCUUGUCAACCACCCAAACCCGCUGAGCCCGCUGGCACUCUCAGUCAUCGUCUCACUCAAACUCAUCGGCUUCUACAUCUUCAGGAAAUCCAACUCUGAGAAAAACGCCUUCAGGAGAAACCCAUCAGACCCCAAACUGUCCCAUCUGAAGACCAUCCCCACAGCUACAGGGAAGAGUCUGCUGGUGUCUGGCUGGUGGGGUGUAGUCCGCCAUCCUAACUACCUGGGAGACCUCAUCAUGGCUCUGGCCUGGUCACUACCCUGUGGCUUCAGCCACCUCCUGCCGUGGUACUACAUGAUCUACUUCAUCAUCCUGCUCGUGCACCGAGACUCUCGCGACAUGAACGAGUGCAGAAGGAAGUACGGCUCGGCGUGGGACGAGUACUGCCGAACUGUUCGGUACCGGAUCAUUCCCCGCGUCUACUGAGGAACCGACGCUGGACACUCCCGAGCUGAGGCCUUUUUUGACCCAAUAAUAUGGCUGUGAGGGCUCACAAACAAACCCAAAUAUGAAUGGAUUGACUGACUGAUUUGACUUUUUAUGAAUUGUUUAUUUUACUAUUUUAAACCAGGAAUUUAAAAAAAUCUCGAUUGAGGACUGAAGGAGCUGUGGUACAUUUCAUGAAUUUUUUUUUCGAUGGAAGAAAAACGGACUUUCAUUGGUAUCAGGAACUGUUUGAAGAAUUGCCUUUUAAUAUGAAAUACUUAAAAAAUAUAAACUUCAAAAGUUUACAAAAUGGAGAAAACAGAAAAAAGCCUCUGCUAGGAAUGUCUUGUUAGGAUGUAUAUUUUUGUAUAUACACAUUUGUUUUUAUACUUCCAGAAAAACUCACCACUUGCAUAAUCUUUUGUUAAGUUUUACUCUUUGCUCCCAUAUUCAAAAUGUCACAAUAUCAGCUUGGUUGUUAUGAAAUAAUUUUUGUAAGUACGCCUUCCUACUAUAAUUAUACUGCUUGUGUAUAUUGUGAAGGAUGGAAUUUAAAUGACUUGUACAGUGGAACUAGGACUCAUGUUCUUUCUCAGGACCUAGGACUUUGUCAGAAAGUUAAAUUAGAAAAGUUUUGUCUUAAUAAUUACAGUAUGUUGUGUAUAAUUUUAUAUAGAGAUCUAGUUUUUGACUUGAGAGUGUAAAAUGAUUUUGGAGGUUUAAAGAAAAAUGCACUAAUGUGGUAAGGCAUAUUUUUCUUACAUUAUCAAUUCCAAAGUGUAUUUGAUUAGGCUUUGCUACCUCAGGUUCACUCACUGUCCAGUUCUUCCUCCUCUGUGCCCUCUGGGAGGCAGUGUGUGUAAUUAUGAGUGUGCUGUCACUGCUGAAGAAAGCAAAAUGAGUUGUUUUUCAUCACAAUAAUGUUAGUAUCCGUUAUGAACAAGUGGCACCCAUCCACAUCACAGAUGUGUCAUGCUAUUAGAGUGGAUUUCCCUACUGCUUGUAUUUUUGCCUCAAUUGUUUCCUGCAUUUCUGUGGCGCUGACGAAACCAUCUUUAUUUUGUCCUGCUAGUUUCAGGAGCACAUUUCUCUUAUUAUCAAUUUAUUUUUCCCACCACUGCCACAUGAAUUUGGUUUCCAUCUAUUUAAGCUUUAAUUUGCCAGGUCAUAUGACAGUGACUCUUUUGAUGAAGUUUAUACUGUGACAACAUGCGGAGCUGUUAACUGUGUUAGUAUUUAUAACCAGUGCAUUUGCAAACCCAAAAACAGUAUUUUUAUGCCUGUGCAGCUGUAGAUGAGUACAUAAGUAGCAAUUCAUUAACUAGACUAGGUAGCAUUUUUUUAUGCUGUGCUGACUGAAUACCAUGUAAAUAUCAGAUUUUUUUUUUUUUUUUUUUAAAGGUGCAGU